CCGGGCAGCGUCUAAAAAUAUUUUAGUUACAUUUACUUUACUCUGCUGGUACUACGAAAUCAGCAUGAAGGGUUUCGUAGUUUUUGCGGUACUUUUCGUAGCAGCCUUCGCUGCUGAAGUUUCAGUGGAAGAAAAUAUUCCUCUACGAGAGGAAAGCUCCGCUGCAGUAGUAGAUGAAAAUGUAAAAGUACAACAAUCUCCAGAGCUAGUCCAACCUAUAGACGUACACACAACAGCUGUUCAAACUACCAACGUCGAUACUAUUAGUGGACCUCCUAGACCAAAAAGAACACUUGGAGUGUUACUAGGAGCUAAAGCUCUUGGAGCAGGUUUAAUCGGAGCCAAAGCCUUAGGAGCUGGAUUAAUUGGCGCCAAAGUCUUAGGAGCCGGAUUAAUUGGUGCUAAAGCCCUAGGAGCCGGUAUUAUCGGUGGAAAAAUCUUAGGAGCCGGUUUAGUAGCUGGUGGUUUAUAUGCUGGAGGUUACGGUCAUGGAGGAUACGGAGGUUACGGUCAUGGAGGAUACGGAGGUUACGGUCAUGGGGGAUAUGGAGGAGGAUACGAAAGUUAUGGAGGCUAUGGAGGUGGAUAUUAUGGAGGUGGACAUGGAGGAUACUAUGGUCCAUCAUAUCACAGUUAUCCCACAACAACUGUUGUAGAAGAAUAUUAUGUACCCGUUUCUAGCGGUUAUGGAGGACAUGGUGGUUAUGGCGGAUACUCUGGAGGUUACGGUGGAUCCAGUUAUGGUGGAUAUGGUCAUGGCGGAUAUGGUCAUGGCGGAUAUGGUCAUGGCGGAUAUGGAGGCUCUGUAGGUUAUGGCCAAGGCGGAUAUGGAGGAAACUACGGAUAUGGUCAAGGGGGAUAUGGAGGAAGCUACGGUGGAAGCUCCGGAGGCUAUGGCCAAGGAGGAUAUGGAGGAAGCUACGGUGGAAGCUCCGGAGGCUAUGGCCAAGGAGGAUAUGGAGGAAGCUACGGUGGAAGCUCCGGAGGCUAUGGCCAAGGUGGGCAUGGAGGUUAUGUGGGCGGCGGCGAAAGUUACGGAGGAAAUGGCGGAUAUGGAGGACAAAGUUAUGGAGGAGGUUGUGGAGGAAGUUGUGGAGGAAGUCGUGGCGGCCAAAUCUCUGCAUACAGCAAAGGCUCUGGAUACCAAUAUGAGAAAGGUUACAGCCAAACAUGGUAGGUAAAAACAACUAGUCAAAAAUGUAAAUACACUCAAGAGGCCAUUUUAGUAUUAGUUUUUUAAUAAAAACUUAAAACAAUA